GAGUGUAAAUGUGAUCUCAUGUGAUGAUGUACAGACAGUAGAGGACACACACACAUACUGACAGCGGACUGAAAGCUACAAACACACAUAUAUGAAUGCAAUGCCGAAUAAAACGAAGAAAGACAAGGAUUCACCAAAAUCUGCAAAAGUGGGUAAAGCAGGAGGUCAGGAGAACUCAGAACAUGAGGGGUCCAAUAAGAAGGGCAUUAACAGUGUUCCUCCCACCACGCAGCUGCUGAAGGGAAAACAGUCCGGAUCUCAGCCCACCGUUAAAAAAGACAAGAGACAGAGCUCGUCCAGAUACAGCCUGAGCAACAAUCGAGAACUCCAGAAACUCCCUGCGUUCAAAGAUGUCCCCCCCACCGAGCAGGAGAAGUUGUUCGUACAGAAGCUGCGUCAGUGCUGCGUGCUCUUUGACUUUGUGUCCGAUCCGCUGAGCGAUCUGAAAUGGAAGGAGGUGAAACGGGCGGCGCUCAGCGAGAUGGUGGAGUACAUCACUCACAACAGGAAUGUCAUCACUGAGCCCAUCUAUCCUGAGGUCGUUCACAUGUUUGCAGUGAACAUGUUUAGGACGUUACCCCCAUCAUCGAACCCGACCGGGGCCGAGUUUGACCCAGAGGAGGAUGAGCCAACGUUAGAGGCGGCCUGGCCACACCUACAGCUUGUGUAUGAAUUUUUCCUGCGGUUUUUAGAGUCACCUGACUUUCAACCAAACAUAGCCAAGAAAUACAUAGACCAGAAGUUUGUGUUACAGCUCCUGGAGCUGUUUGACAGCGAGGACCCUCGUGAACGUGACUUCCUGAAGACCACUCUCCACCGUAUCUACGGAAAGUUUCUGGGCCUCAGGGCAUACAUCAGAAAACAGAUUAAUAAUAUAUUCUAUAGCUUCAUCUAUGAAACAGAGCAUCAUAAUGGAAUAGCAGAACUACUGGAAAUAUUAGGAAGCAUAAUUAACGGCUUUGCCUUACCACUGAAAGAAGAGCACAAAAUCUUCCUGUUAAAAGUUUUGUUACCGUUGCACAAAGUGAAGUCGCUCAGUGUGUAUCACCCACAGCUGGCGUACUGUGUGGUGCAGUUUUUAGAGAAGGAUAGCACACUUACUGAACCAGUAGUGAUGGCUCUGCUGAAGUACUGGCCAAAGACUCACAGUCCAAAGGAAGUGAUGUUCCUCAAUGAGCUGGAGGAGAUCCUGGAUGUCAUCGAGCCGUCAGAGUUUGUGAAAGUGAUGGAGCCGCUCUUCAGACAGCUCGCCAAAUGUGUCUCCAGCCCACACUUCCAGGUUGCGGAGCGCGCUCUGUACUACUGGAAUAAUGAAUACAUCAUGAGUUUAAUCAGUGAUAACGCUGCCAGGAUUCUACCCAUCAUGUUCCCGUCACUGUACCGAAACUCCAAAACCCACUGGAACAAGACGAUUCAUGGUCUGAUCUAUAACGCACUGAAGCUGUUUAUGGAGAUGAAUCAGAAAUUGUUUGAUGAUUGCACACAGCAGUUCAGAGCUGAGAAAAACAAAGAGAAAGCCAAGUGGAAAGAGCGUGAGGAGGCGUGGAUAAAGAUCGAGAGUCUUGCCAAAUCAAACCCACAGUUCCUGACGUACAUCGACUCCAGCAGCCUCAGCAGUCCGAUGGAUAUGGAGACAGACGGACCGAUGAUCGAUGAUGUCAUGAUGCUGAAGAAGACAGUAGAAGAAGAAGCCACUCAGGUAAACAUGACCAGCUGCACAGAGACCAGCGUAAGGAACGCCCCCUGGUGCGACGCAAGUCUGAGCUGCCUCAGGAUAUCUCUGCAGUGAAAGCUCUGGAGACGCACCGGCGUGCCGAAGACAUGAUCACUGCCCAGGACGGCCACUAGAGGACCUCAAAAGCCCAAAACCAGCCCAGUCUCACCCCGCCGCGCAAGAGCCGGCCCCAUACAGCACUGACGGCGGUGGCACUGAACGGCCCCGGUGUGACACACAAACACGCCCAGUUCUGCCAUCCAGAACCGCACCAGUGCCCGUCCAACAUCCAGAGCCCUAAACACCACGCUAGUCUAGUCAUCUCUCCAUUCCUGACUCUUUUCUGUUUUGUUUCGUUUGUUUCUCAAGAUGUAACGUGCCUGUACCGGCUCGAUUCAUGCUGUUGUGCUGAAAACAGGCACUGGGACAGGUCGUUUUUUGACACUAGAGCACUUGAAGCGUGGCUGUCGACUGUGUCCGGAGCGAGAGAGCGAUUCUCAGGUUGUUUCGGAGGCCGAGAGAGCAGCUUUUUUGGGCCGAUGUCAAACGCCACGUCAGCUUUCGGCCUCGGUCUUCAGUGGUCAAUGUCUUUUUAUGUGACGUUCGUUUCAUCGUCAGAAAAUGAAAUGUCAUUUUAGUCUUACCGACCGCAUUUCGCAUUUGAAACAGGCUGGUCUGUCUUUUGAAUUAUUUGACAAAAGAGAACCCGCCAGUGCAAAUACCCUUCCAUUUUACACCAUUUUUUUAAGUGUUAAUAUUUUUACAGUUGGCAAUAAGUUCAUCCAGGGAGAUUUUGGUUGUUCAAACAAUGGCGAAUGGCCUUAUGGUGGUUUUAUUUUCGAUCCAUUUUGUUUCUUCCGAACUCGUAGUGCAUUUUAAGCUUUCUAAUGGGCAAUAUUUAAACGUAAAUGCUUACCCAGUUACAUGUGCGUUUUUUGACCAAGCCUUUAUUUGCAUAGAGUGCCUUUUUAGGGAAACCGUAACAACAUAGUGGCGUUUCCUACAUGACAAAGGCUUUUGUUUAUUUUCUGUUGUAAAUUCGUUACUUGCUAUUUGUACGUUUACUCGCUUCCGAUAGUCUUUCUUUACACAUGAGAAUGACGUAAGAAUUCGUCAACCAAUCGUGGUGGUUUUUUCGGGACCUGGACAAGCCCAACGAAGGACAGAAAAGGACAUUUCCUGACAAACUUGAACGACUUUCGCUGUCUGCUUUCUUUUUGCAUUGUUUUAUGAUUAUUCGCUCUGAACCAUUGUUUGAACUUCCAUUCUGUUUCGCCUGGUUGGAACUACAGUGCAGUUCUCUUUUCAGGUUUCCCGUAUGUCUGUGACGUGAUUCAAAGAUGCUUGCAUUUUUUGUUUAUUUUAUUCUCGGCCCACAUAAGCUUAUCGAUGUUCGAUUUGAAUGUGCAAAUUUAAAUGGCUAUAGAUAACACAUUAUUUUUCUCUUUCCCAACCUCUCUCUAUCAUGUUUUCUGUUGUAAUUUAAGUUUCUCCCUCUUUUGGCUGUAGUGCUAAAAUCUACAAAUUAAUUUUCCUUGCCAGUGUCAAUAGAAUAACUUAAAACCUCUUAUUUGUUUUCCAGAUUGAAGCUUCUAUUGUGGUGACAUUUCCCUCUCCGUUUCAGUUUUCAGUUCAUGAGCGAAAAAUAAAACGGCAAAGUGUCCUUUUAGUACGCGUACCCUUACUAAAUGGCUUCAUCUGAUAUUGUACAUAUUAUGUACCGUUAUGAUCCAUCUAUUACUGAAUGGUAGAUCUCUUAUUUUGUACAGAUGAAAACGGUUAUUAGCCAUUUGCAGACAGUUGGUAUUUGACAGACUUCUGUAACUGCGUUAGAAACGUUUCGAAUUUAAUUUCUAAUGUGUAUUUUUUAUCUAUUUGUAAUUCAGAUCUAUUGUCUCUUUAUUCAGCUGUCUGAUGAAACCCAUCAUAAAAUAGCCUUCAUAUGUGCUUUUCUCCAAAUCUCAAGUGGUAUAUGUCUAUAUACAGGAAAUAAAGAAAACGUGUUUUAUAUUUUCAUCUUAGAACAA